CCGGCACACGUACACCGUACGCCGCCACCACACCUCAUCUUCUGUAAUGGCCAACUCCUGCUCCUCAGCAGCGCGUGCCCACUGCAGGUUCUUGUCCCCGCUCGCCACAACCUCCUCCCGCACUUCGCUCUCACCUACCCCACCCACAUCGAGGAGGAGGCUCCUCCUCUCCUCCACCACAAGCACCAUUUGCGCCGCCGCCAUGGCCGCCUCCAGCAAGGCCGGCUCCAAUCCUUUCAAGGUCGUGGACUCCCACCUCCACGUCUGGGCCUCGCCGCUGCAGGCUGCCGGGGAGUACCCGUUCUUCCCGGGCCAGGAGGCGACGCUCCGGGGUGAUGUCGACUUCUUGCUCGAGUGUAUGGAUGAAGCUGGAGUUGCGGGUGCGCUCAUUGUUCAGCCUAUUAAUCAUAUGUUUGAUCACUCUUUAGUGACUAGUGUCUUGAAGAAAUAUCCAUCAAAAUUCAUCGGCUGCUGCCUUGCGAAUCCUGCAGAUGAUGGGAGUGGCAUUAAACAGCUUGAACAUCUGAUUGUGCAAGAAAAGUACCGUGCUGUCCGUUUCAACCCAAACUUAUGGCCUUCCAGUCAAAAGAUGACCAAUGAGGUGGGGAGGUCAUUGUUUGCUAAGGCUGGAGAACUUGGAGCACCAGUUGGAAUUAUGGUGAUGAAGGGGAUCAGUUCAUAUAUUCAGGAAAUAGAGGAGCUUUGUAUGGAUUAUCCUGCAACUACUGUUAUUCUUGAUCAUAUGGCUUUCUGCAAGCCACCAACGAAUGAUGACGAAGAAAAGGCAUUUUCUUCAUUUCUGAAUUUAUCCAGAUUCCCACAGGUUUACGUCAAGUACAGUGCUCUUUUCCGGAUCACAAGAGAAUCUUAUCCAUAUGAGGACACAUCUCGGCUUCUUUCUCGCGCGAUCUCCAGCUAUGGAGCUAAUCGAAUAAUGUGGGGAAGUGACUUCCCCUACGUCAUUCCUGAAUGUGGCUACAAAGGAGCAAAGGAGGCCAUCUCUCAUGUCGCUGGCAAGAUAGCUGUUUCAACAUCAGAUUUGGAGUGGAUUUUAGGAAAAACAGUAAGCCAACUAUUCCAAGGUGCCUGGGUUACUCCAUGAGGGAGAUGUUCUGGGUCAGUGUAGUGUAGCAGGUCUGACAGUGUUCAGGCGAGCAACUAAAUCCUUGUAUGAAAGUGAUCUAUCUACUUCGGUACUGUUUCUUCAGUUUGAUAGUCAUAUUCAAUUGUGUAACCCUUUUUCGGAGGUUUAAUAAAUGCAAUAGCUGGGCUUAUUGUGAA